AUGACCUCAAUUUCGACGUUCAACGAUACGCGGCAGGUGGUGCUCAUCACGGGCUGCUCGUCGGGCCUGGGACGGGCCAUGGCCGUCGAGUUUGACUCGCUGCCCGGCUACCGCGUCUUUGCCACGGCGCGCAACCUCGACUCGAUCCGCGACCUCCCCUCGGGCAUCGAGCGGGUACAGCUCGACGUCACCGACCGCGACAGCAUCGACCGCGCCAUCGCCAACAUCACAAACGAGACACGGGGACGCAUCGACAUCCUCAUCAACAACGCCGGCACAAACACCGCCGUCGGGCCCCUCAUCGAUGUCGAUGUCGACCGGGUCAGAAAGACCUUUGAGCCAAACUUCUUUGGCCUCAUCAUGGUCACCCAGGCCGUCUCGCCGUACAUGAUCAGACGACGCUCCGGCGUCAUUGUCAACAUCGGAUCAACGGCAGGCCUCACCGCUCUGCCCUUCGGCGCGACCUACUCGGCGUCCAAGGCGGCCGUCCACGCCCUCUCGGACGCGCUGCGCCUCGAGCUGCGCGGCUUCGGCGUCAAGGUCGUCGUCGUCGCUCCGGGCGCCAUCAAGUCGUCGAUCGCCGACGCCGGGUCAAAGGACCUCGACUUCCCCGCCGACUCCUUCUACGGCGACGUAAAGGACCUCAUCGAGUACCGCGCCAACUUUUCCCAGCUCGGCAGCCCCACGCCCUCGGCCGUCUUUGCCCGCAACGUGCGCAGGGCAGUCACCCGGCCCAACCCGAGCGCCUACCUCGUCACCGGCAAGCGCUCCUUUACCGCCCUCCUCGCCUACUACCUCCCCGUCUGGAUCAAGGACCUCCUCGUCGGACGGAUGUUUAGCAUCUGGCGUAUCGGCAGGUCCACGCCCAAGGACAAGCGGGUGUGA